CGUCGACGGGGCUCCUAGUAUUGUAUAUAGAGAGGCUCGAGUCGAACGAUUCGGUCGUCUCUCUCCUCAUCCUCUCUCCAGGAGCUCCAGGGACUCGGUCUGCCAUUCUUUUCUUGUACGCCGUUCAAGCCGCCUUUCGUUCGCAUACUAUACUUGCCUUCCACCGACCUUGACGGUCUUUUUACACUGCCGCUGCUUUCAGAGAAGCCAAAGCCAGGAUCCAUUCCUUAUACUACAUUCCGAGUUCCGUUCCGAGGACCAACAAGCCCGUUUUUCCCACGACACCACAAGCAAACAACAACAACAACAACAACAACAAUGCAGCGCAUCGCCUUCCUCUCCAGCCUGCUGCCCCUGGUGGCUGCGCACGGCUUCGUCUCCGAGCCGCCGGUCCGUCGUCCGGGCGAGCAAUACAAGGCCACGUGCGGUGAUCAGCCCUUCUACCAGCAGAGCUCCGACAUCUACGGCAACGUCCAGGGCAUCCAGCAGGUGGUCGGCAACUCGGCGACGGAUGCCUGCAACCUCUGGCUCUGCAAGGGCUUUCUGCUCGAGGACAACCCGAGCAACGUGCAGAGCUACACGCCCGGCCAGAAGAUCGACUUCAAGGUCGAGAUCCGCGCGCCGCACACGGGCUACGCCAACGUGUCGGUGGUCAAGACGAGCACCAACACCAUGAUCGGCAGUCCGCUGAUCGAGUUCGAGAACUACGCGGCCAACUCGGGCGUCGCCGCCAACAACACCGCCUUCAGCGUCACCCUGCCCAGCUCCCUGGGCGGCGACUGCACCACCGCCGGCGACUGCGUGCUCCAGUGGUUCUGGAACGCCCCGGACAUCGACCAGACCUACGAGGCCUGCGUCGACUUCACCGUCAGCGGUAGCGGCUCGGGCCCGGCCCCGACGAGCGCUGCUGCUUCUUCGUCCGCCGCUGCCACCACAAGCGCGGCUGCUGUUACUUCCUCCGCCGCCGCCCCGGCCACCACAACAAGCUCGGCCCCUGCGUCGGAACCGACCGGCGAUGAUGACGAGGACUGCCCUGCCGACGACGGUGAGGAGGAUGAUGGCGAUGACGAGGACGAGUGCCCCGCAGACGACGACGACGAGGCCGUCGAGACGACUGCGCCCGUGGUGACUGCUACUCGCGCGCCCGGCGCCGCUGAGACGCAGCCCGCUGCGGGAGGCGCCGCUACCAGCACCAUCACCCAGGUUGUCACCUCGACUGUCACCACUGAGAGGCUCGUCACUGUGACAGCUCCCGCCACCGCGUGCAACUAAAAAAACUCUUUUUGUCUGACACUUGACCAAAAGACUUUUCGGGAGGUGGGGGGCUCAUGAGCCUGAUUGAUUGCACCAUUACAUUGUAAUGGUGUA